ACCGCUGCCUCGUCCCCGUCGCAUUUAGAUCUCUUCAUACGAGACCUGGAUGAACGAAAAGGCAAGCUACCUUGCUGUCAUGAAGUCACUGAAAUUCAGACCAGUGUUGAAAGGUUUCUUAAAGUUCUUCUACUGGCAGCAGAAAAAGAGCUACCAUUUUACAAAACAACAUUUGUUAAAAGUGGAAGUUUCUACGAGGGAACGAAAGUCGGGAAACCCGACGAGUUCGACUAUUUUGUUCAGUUGGAUAACUUGUCUCGUCCUGAGGACAUUCGCUUUGAGGAGUUAUCACAUUGCAUGGUAGCAGUGAUUCCAAGCGAUUCUGCUAUUAAGAAACUUAUAGAAACGAAGAAGAAAUGUUGUAGUGAUUCUCCUUUCGUCUGUGAUUCUUUUGAAUGGAAGAGAGACGUGAAGUCACUGUUUAUCGGCACACUGAAUGGUUUAUUAGCCGAGGAGUUUGUAGCAUUCGGUUUAAAAGCUUCAGAGGCUUCUCUGAGCGGGUUAGACAGACAUGGGCCUGCUUAUACUUUAGAGCUCGAAUGGGACGGAGGGCAGCUUUAUAAAGGAUUAAUAAUCAAGAUCGAUUUGUCUGUAGCAGUUAAGAUUAAUUCUCAUUCUUCAACAAUGGCAGUAGAUUUUGAAUCUGGGGCUGGUAAGGUCGUGAAAACAUUAUUAGAUGCUUCACCAGCAUACUACUUCGCAGUCAGUGGAUACACGGUGUAUGAUGUUCUGCCAUCUAACUUGUUCCAAAACCUUGAAGAAACACAGGAAGUCAGAAUACUCAGUCAAUCUGAUUGCCUUUUACGUAUUUCUCAGUCAUGUCUUGAACAGUCACUGUUCCGUGUCCAUUUUGGUCCUGAUGGAGGACCAAGUGUUUGUCUCCGGGUGCUCAAGGUACUGCGUGACAUGACACGUUUACUUCAUAGGGGUGGUUCCUACCUCUAUUUGAAGUUCAAUUGCAAAAAUUUAAUUGGUGAAACUGCCUGGGAAUUCAUUACAGCCGAAUCAGUUUCUAGUAACUGGCAACGUGCCCAACAAUGGAACUCCGGGAAAGUUGAUUCUGAACCGGACAGUACCAGAUGGAUUUCUUCAUAUGCGCUUAAAACCCUAGUUUUGUUUGAAUGGAGUGAAAACCCAGAGGGCGAGCAAUGGACUGGGAACAACCUUAGUCAGCGUCUUGUGAACAUAGUUACUUGCCUUCUUCACAUUCUGAAGUGCUAUGAGGGUUUGAGAAGCUUUUGGUAUAAAGACUACAAUGUUCUACCAGAUGCGUUUGUCCCACCAGAAGCCAUCAACAGGGCUACCAUCAUUCUCAGAUUUCUAUUAUCCUUAGAUAAUAAAAUUAAUGAGUAUUCUUUUGAGCAGUGUAUUCAAAAUUACACGACUUUGAUGACCGUGGCCUCUCAAAAACAAGAGGUGACCCGUUUCUUGCACCAUGCUCUCACAGAGCUUUUUUGUGAUAAGAUAAAGAAGGUUCUACGAGAAUCAGUAGGGGAGAGAAAGAAAAAGACUUUCACCCACAUACUUCCCAAAUUAUUGAGAGGUGAUAUUUUCUCUGACUUUGGACCGGAGCCUAGAGUGUUUACUGGCUUCUACAUUCAAGCCCUUCUUAAUAAAAUAGCUCCAGAAGAGGAGUUAAUUCUUUCAUAUUAUUCAGAAUACGAUAAAGAAUCGGUAUUCGUGUUCGAAACUGAAAUUCUUACUAGCGAGGAAGCUAAGGGGAUUGUUAAAAGAGCAAGAGAACUUUUUCGGGAAAUUGCACGUGAAAGAAUGAACACACUUGGCACUGAUUUACCAAACUACAGUCUCUGGUCACAGGUUUUCAAGCCUGAUGAGAUGGCGAACCUGUUAAAACUGCUGUGCGAGAUAUUUAAAAAAGAUCUUGAAAUCCUGUGGAAUAAAAUCCGCAAUCUCAGAGAGGAAGUAAGGACACGUGGGGAAAAUGGGGUGGAAACGUGA